GCACUCGCUACAGGACUCCAAUCUCUCCAUCAAGAAGGUUAUGUUCAUGGAGACAUUCGGGAUAUGAAUGUUAUGGUGAAAAGGGACCGCAGCACUGGAUUCAAGUUGGUGGAUUUUGACUGGUCCGGGAAAAUAGGCGAAAUCCGAUACCCAAUGAACGUAUAUCGAGGAGGUCGUCUCUGGAGACCUGAUGGAGCGGACGACGGACAGUUGAUCCUGGCUGAACAUGAUGUUCAGAUGUUG